UUUGGCUGUUGGUUGGCUUUGGCAUCAGUGUGCAAAAGAGGUGUUUGGUGGCAGCAAAAGCCCCGCCGAAAGGAUACACCACACGGCGCGCAGUUAGGGCACCGAGCAGAAUCCGUGCGAAGCGAAGGAUCGUGACGAAAGUUUCGGCAAAAGCGGUAUCAUCAUCAACAUGAAAUCUCCUGCCCUGUGGAUGGCCAUCGGUGCGAUUCUACUGCUCGGCGGAAGCGUGAACGCGUGGGGCGGACUGUUCAAUAGGUUUUCGCCGGAAAUGCUCACCAACCUGGGCUACGGGAGCCACGGUGGAGCCUACCGUCCGCAGUCGUUUCUUCAGAACGAGAUUCUCGACGAGGAGCAACAGAGCCCACGGUACGAGGAGGAUCCGUGCUACCCUCGAACCUGCUCGGCCAACGAAUACUGCUGCCCUGGAUACAUCUGCAUAGCCGUAGACGGUGUUAAAGGCCUGUGCAUGCCGAUGUACGGCCGGAAGUAUGGCGAACUGUGUCGGCACGACUCUGACUGCGAAUCCGGGCUCAUCUGCGACAUUUCCGCCCUGAGCGGUGCCAGCGUCUGCCGACCACCGACAAUCGUGGCCAAGCAGUACGGUGAAGAUUGCAUCUCCUCCAGCGAUUGUGAUAUAACACGUGGUCUCUGCUGCCAGGUGCAGAGAAGACAUCGACAAGUGCCCCGUAAGGUUUGCUCCUACUUCAAGGAUCCUCUACUCUGCAUCGGGACGGUCGCCGCCGACCAGGUUAAGCAUCAGAUUGAACACACCGCCGGGGAGAAGCGUAUCAUCUACAAUAAGCACUAAGCGCCUGAUGUCCACCGAUACGCAAACAGAUCAACAGGCGUUAUCAUUAGUUCUCACAUUAUGAUCCCAGCAUAAGUUUUCUCUCUUGUGAUGAGUAUGUAAAAAGAUUACCGCUUGGUUAGAGAAAUCUUCACCAGCUAAGAAGUACGAAAAUUGAAACGAAACAUGCUUCAUUUAAAGCUGACAGCCCACACAGUUCUAUAGCACGGAAUCAAAACCCGGAACACUACCAGAUACUAUAUAUUGAACCCAAUAGAAAGAUUCUGAACUGACGAAUGUACGAAACCAAAUAGAACUACGGAAGCCGCAUACCUGCCGGUGCAUCCCGGGAAGGUAAUGCGAAAGCCAUGAUAAACCCACAACUAAUACAUAUCACUGAUUGUCCUUAGCUUACGGUUAAGCAUUUUAACACAAACGUUCAUGAAGUACGAGAAUUUUAAAACCACACAGGCACGAUGGUGAGACAAGUUUUACACAAGCAUUAUUUUACUACCGUUUGAUAAUUGUUCACCUAAAAAACUACAGGGCGAUGCAGCUAAAUGCGCAUUCGCCAAAAAAAUGCUUUGAUUUCUGCCCGCUGAGAUCAUCGGAUCUAGCACAGCUAAGCCAACCGAUACUUUCGCAGAGAGACGGAUUGUUUCGAAACUGUUUUGGCAUUCCACAACUGACGAAAAUGAGGGACAGAAACGAACCGAAAGCAUGAGCCACCAGCGCGAGGAAGGUCUUACAAAUGCCUGUCGGAUGUAGGUCGUGGUAUUUUUCAAUGAAUCGCUGUUUACUACUAAACUUCUUCAAUGUCCCACUUACGGGGCGACGCUAAGUGUAUAGCACUCGAACUUUUCACACAACGCAACACAAAAAGAAUCUUAAGAAAUUGUAAUUCUCUUUUCGAUACGAUGUGACUUACUUCAGAUGUUGUUACCAUUAUUCACUAUAUACAUUCCGAUUCAGAUACAUUUAUCGGUACUUUAUCAACGCGGCAUGUUGUCCUCCUAACUGCCCCACUCGGCGGCUUGUACGAUAAGCGGCACGGCAUGGGUGAUACGACGGAAGCUAGCUUCACAAUCUUCGUCCAUUACAGUGAACAAUUAAAAUACAUGCAUAAUAUUGAUUGAAAACAAUACAAUAAAUACCCUUGCUGAUAUAAUCGGUUCUUAUGCAAUGAAAACAUAUCGUUAUACACACAAUAUACUAAAUAUAUACAUAUAUACAUAUACAUACGAUGGUGGCAGUUGGAGGGCGGGAGAAAGUUUAAAAAAUCAAAUCCAAAUCUGCUAACAAUCCCCUCGCCCCACUUCGUAGACUAAGAAAUACAAUCCUACAGUCCGCUUCCGGUGAUCCGGUACCGGCCGAGCGGUCAAAAACCUAAGCAAAAUAAACAGAAAAACUACCAACAAACUAGCGAGAAAAGAAAACGUUUAAAAACUCAAUGAAAAAAAAACAGAAAAAACUUUACAUUCAUACUGGCUGAGGCAUUUUGAUCUUAUAACCCAUCCUUACAUACAUUAAAUGUAAAGUUGCUACUGCAUGGCGAUCGAGCAUAGUUUCGGAAGCGCAAAGAGCGAGUUGCGAUUGUUCGAAGUUGGAGUACCGGACUCGAGUGAAGUGAGUGAAACAUGGCCACUACUCUAUACAACACGACACACAAACAGUAGAAGAAGUUAUGGUUGAAUCAAUGGAAAGCUGUUCAAAACCAAUUUAUCUAGUUCAACAACAAAGAAAUGAAACAAAAGAAAGGAUAGUGAUUAGCACGAAGAAACCCUACUGUUGGUGGGAGAUGUAUGAAGAGGAGAAGAAAAGUUCUUAUGAUAACCAUAUUUCCAACGAGAACUCGACCCAACCGGAAGGGACACGCAGAGCAAUGCUCGUGGACAGCGGGGGCCUUUAAUCGGGGUACCGUUCAACCUUUGCUCCCUGCGCUACGGAACGCGGAACUUCACGAACGGCCCCUUACGACCCGAGCCUCUAGACAGGAGCCAAACUUUCGCUAAACAAACACCACACGGCACGCCUAUGAACGGGAGAAAAGAUCCAAAUUUUUAAUAGCAAAUAUUUCCAUUCGAAGACGACUAAACGUUGCUGAGUGAAACACGAUCCUGUCCGUGCGUCCGCGCCUUCCGAGGGGAUGAAGAGCGAACCAGCCCAUUAAAGGACUCGCCCAGCCCGCGUGUCCCCGCGUGAUUUCCUUUGCGGAACGCGUUCAUUCGCAAGGCGCCCACCCCGCCAGUUUGCCAAGGGUGAGGCUCACAACACAACAACAACGUCGAUUGUCCAUCGCAAUCGCACCGACCGUUCGCGGCGAAUGAACCCGCCCAGCGAAGGGGGUCACGCCACACAAACCGAUCCGACUAUCAAGUACAUAUCCCUAUUGAUUAUGAUCAUGAGUGAGCCCUUCGAUUGUAACGACAGUGAAGAUCAAUGACAUAUCAGUGUACAAAUAUAAGAAUCCUAACAUCCCGCAGUGGAAGCCCGCACACCUUCUACAGACACCCUUACCGCAGUAGAACUAGAGUAGCCUAACUAGCCUGGCCAAGGCACCAGAUACAUAUCAGCAGAACGCAGAGUUUUAACAAUCUAUCCACGGAGCGGAACGCAGCCUGCGCAUCCGAGGAGAGUGUCAGCAUGCAUCUCUUGCAAACAAUAUCAAUAACAACACUACGACAUAAGACCACGUACUUCUUGUUAACAGGAAUUAGACUAUCGGCGGAACCCGGUUGAAUGCCGGUUUUGUCCCGAUCCAAGAGAAACCCAAUCAAAAUGUAACAUUUCCUUGCACUACGUUGCGUGCACUUGUUUCAUUUCGUUUCGAGCAGAUCAAAACUGGAGAGAGUUUAUAAGUGAUAGCCACAGCAAAAAAAAUAGAAUAAUGUCCAAGACGAUGUUUUUUUUAAAUUAAAAUCGCUUUAUUAUUGAAAGAUCAGCACCUCAGUUAUGCGAGAUGGUUUGCGAGAACCGGGUAAAGGCAUCACCGUUGACUGCAUUUGGUCCAUUGUCCUUUUUAUGUUGUGCAUGCAACGUAGCCCCCUGAAACGACGACCCAUUGAAGAGUCAUAGAAAUAUGAUUGAAGAACAAAUAGAAACUAUGUGUGUACAUCU